GCAAAGUUUGGCUGUGGCGGCAAAUGGGCUUGGGCGGCUCCUUGGCGGGUGGCGGUGGUGGCCGUAGCGGUUCCUCCUGGCCCUGUUAAUGUCGGGGCCAGGCCCGGGGAGGAUGGCGCCCUAGAGCCCGGCCUUGCUGGGGUAGGGGCGGGAGGGGACGGGGUGGGGACCGGCCAUGUCGGAGGUGACCCGGAGUCUGCUGCAGCGCUGGGGCGCCAGUUUUAGGAGAGGCGCCGACUUCGAUUCUUGGGGCCAGCUGGUGGAGGCGAUAGACGAGUAUCAGAUAUUAGCAAGACACCUACAAAAAGAGGCCCAAGCUCAACACAAUAAUUCUGAAUUCACAGAAGAACAAAAGAAAACCAUAGGCAAAAUUGCAACAUGCUUGGAAUUACGAAGUGCAGCUUUACAGUCCACACAGUCCCAAGAAGAAUUUAAACUGGAGGAUCUGAAGAAGCUAGAACCAAUCCUAAAGAAUAUUCUUACAUAUAAUAAAGAAUUCCCGUUUGAUGUUCAGCCUGUCCCCUUAAGAAGAAUUUUAGCACCUGGUGAAGAAGAGAAUUUGGAAUUUGAAGAAGAAGAUGAAGAGGGUGGUGCUGGAGCAGGGUCUCCUGAUUCCUUUCCUGCUAGAGUUCCUGGUACUUUACUACCAAGGUUGCCGUCAGAACCAGGAAUGACGUUACUCACUAUCAGAAUUGAGAAAAUCGGCCUGAAAGACGCCGGGCAGUGCAUUGAUCCCUACAUCACAGUCAGUGUAAAAGAUCUGAACGGCAUAGAUUUAACUCCCGUGCAAGAUACUCCUGUGGCUUCAAGAAAAGAAGAUACGUAUGUUCAUUUUAACGUGGACAUUGAGCUCCAGAAGCAUGUUGAAAAGUUAACCAAAGGUGCAGCUAUUUUCUUUGAAUUCAAACACUACAAGCCUAAAAAAAGGUUUACCAGCACCAAGUGUUUUGCUUUCAUGGAGAUGGAUGAAAUUAAGCCUGGGCCAAUUGUAAUAGAACUAUACAAGAAACCCACUGACUUUAAAAGAAAGAAAUUGCAAUUAUUGACCAAGAAACCACUUUAUCUUCAUCUACAUCAAACUUUGCACAAGGAGUGAUCCUGACAUGAAUAACCUGGAACUUCUGUGAAUCUUACCACUCAGUAGAAACCAUCAUAGCUCUGUGUAGCAUAUUCACCCUUCAACAGGCAGGAAGCAAGCCGGCCCCAGGCCAGCAGGCCAGAGUGAGCCCAUUACAAAGCUGUACCGCAGAAUUCAGAGUCCAGCACAUCACUGACGUAAAAGACUCCUUUGGAUACAGGCUUAUUGUAGAUCUUGAAACAUUUUCCACUUUUCUAUUAAUUGUGCAAUCGAUUCUCUUUUCUAAUUGACCACUACUCCUGCCCUGCUUCCUGGAACACUGUUGUGGGUGGGAUGUGCUCGUCUUCAAACUUAAUACAGCAAUAAGAAUGUGCUAGUUUACACAUCCAUUCACUUCUGCUCCAACAUGCUCUUUGGUUUUUUGUUAAUGUCAAACUUUGGGUUGAUGUGGGGAGGACAGCAUGAAACAGCUUUGAGAGGAAUUGGACCAAUUAUGUUGCCCAAGGUCAGUCUGGAAAUUUAUAGGCUGCUCCUCAGAGAUGGCCUAAAUUCACCCUGAUCUCAUGGUUUUCCUGCUUAGAGACAGUGUGCCUUGGCCAGAUCAGUAUCCCACAUGGGAUUCUUCCCAGGUGGUAGCUGUGAUUUUUCCGGAAUACCAGAUCGUUUUUCUGAAAGUGAGCAUAUUUUCAGUCAUGUUGAUUAGCUUUUUUCUACAUCUCACUGUUAGUCUUUCUGGUAGUGAUUCUAGGGUUAAGGAUGGAACAACCAUCUCAGAAUAAUCAUAAAAUUUUUGAUGGGUUUAUGUCUUCUAAAUCUUGUAAUCUAAAAAUAAUUUGAGUCAGAUGCUAACAAGAUACUGCAGGAGUAACUGCUGUUUUUCUGACAACUGAUUGUGAAACCUUAAAACCUGCACACCUCUUCUUACAGUGAUGAGUAUGCAAAUCUGGAGAUACUCUAUUUUUUUUUAUAUAGGUAGAUAGGAUACCAUUUAUUUCCUAUUUAGAUAUAUUGACAUUCAUCCAUAUGGAAUUAUGCAGGUCAUUAGCUUAUUAUAAUUUGACUAUUUACAUUCUUUUGACUUAAUAAUGGGGCAUAAAUAAAACUUUCAUAGUACACAGAAGGUGAAUAUUUGAUACACAGAACAUUAAGAUUUGGGGUGGGCUUUCUGUGGGUUAGAUGUAGAACCCACAUAUUGAAUAUUCACUGUUUUAAAUGACCAGUGCUAGCAUGAGGGGAGCGCGGUGCCAGUACUUGGCCUUUUUUUUAAAACUAGUGUAAUUAAGCCUAGUCAUACCGUUCAGUAUGUUUGCUUUUGAAAAUACAUAACCACAGUUAAGUUCUAGCCCUUGCACUUCAAGAUCUAGUCUCCACCUUCAGUUGUCUGUUAGGUCAAUUCUUUUUACUAUGUUGGAUGUUAAAAACUGUAUGAGCCUGAAGAAUUCUCAACCAAAUUUAGUCUUGUCUCCCACCUUGGUUAGAUUAAUCCCAAAAUUAUUCCAUUCACAGUAGCUUGAGGGGAUGAAGAAUUUGCCUUAAUAAAUUUCUUUGUUGUUCACUCAACUCGUAGACUGUGAGUUGUCAGCACCCACCCACUCCACCCCCAGCCUGUGAGCUCCCCAGGGGGCAAGAAGCACAUUUUCUCCGUGUCAUGUACAUUUCCUGAGGUGCUUGGCAGCACUCUGUACCCUGUGGAGUACUCAGUACCUUUUGUUUGAUGUUGCUGACAAGACCGAAAAAAUAAUCCCUUAAAAAACCUACUAUUAAAAUGUAGCAAAACUGA